AAAACUCACCCAGAAUGAUUCAGAGUCACCAGGAAACUCAGCUGCAGUUCAUUUCACAGGUACUUUGCUUUGGCUUAAGACAAGACAUUCGUCUACAAGAGAGGUUCACAGCUUGUGCACAUGAAGCACAUCAAGGAAAACUUUUAAAUCAGCAUAAUGUUUGCCAACACCUCACUGCCUCCCAGCAGUAAGGGUAUUCACAACAAUGUGGAUAUCGAAGCCAUCAUGGACAACAUAAACCUCGUCCUCCUUACACUGACUGUCGUGUUUGGGAUCACAGGGAACUCUGUGGUGAUCUGGGUUGCAGGAUUCAAGCUCAAGCAUAAAGUUACCAAUGUGUGGCUGGUGAACCUGGCAAUAGCCGACCUCAUCUUCUGCAUUACACGAGUUUUCUCUCUGAUCAGGAAGCUCUUCUUCGACCACUGGCCUUUUGGGGAAUUUCUCUGCAGGUUUCACGUCUUCUUUAAAUAUGCAAACAUGUUCUGCUCCGUCUUCCUGUUGGCUGUGAUCAGUUUGGACAGGAUGCUCUGUGUGUGGAGGCCCUUCUUUGCAAAGCAACAGCGUACCCUGUGUGCUGCCAGGGUGGUGGCAGUUUGUGUCUGGAUCACAGCCAUCCUCCUCAGUAGUCCCUUCUUGUUCUACAGCCAUGUCCACCUGGGAGAGAACAACAUGAGCAAAUGUUCUUCAGAGACAAAGGAGGGAGACAACACCACCAAACUUGCUCUGUAUUUAAACAGGUUCCUGUGUGGCUUUGUUUUCCCUUUCUUGAUCAUUCUUAUCUGUUACAUCAUGACUGCCAUCGGCAUCCAACGCACUCGCCUUGUAGGAAAGACACGCCCCCUGCGUAUCCUGGCAUCGCUGGUCAUUGCAUUCUUCUUGUGCUGGGGUCCUUACCACUGUCUGCUCCUUGUGAAGAUGGUGGAUAAAAAGAAUGCAGUGCUGAAAAUCUGGCGGCCUUUGGCCAAUGGCUUUGCCUACUUUAACAGCUGCGUGAACCCGCUGCUGUACUUCUGCAUGGGGCUGGAGGUUAAGCAGAAACUGAGAUGGAGUUUAACAGGAAUUUGUAAGAAAGCUCUGACUGAUGAUAGCGAAGAACAGGUGAGCCAGUCAGGUGACUGAAAAAGCAGUGAAUGAAAAUAAAACUUUGUCUCUGGAGAAAAAACAGAAGUUAAAGUGUUUCUUGUUGGCCGCUAGACUUUGACUUCCUGAAAAUGUUGCAUACCAUACCAAAUGUAAAAUCUUUGUGUCAGACGGAGUUGUACAACAUAUUCAAUUCAACUAAAUGCUCUGCUCAGCAUCUCACUUUUUUUUUUUUUUACCAAAACAAGUACUUCCAGUUGUUGUUGUUUUUGUGCUUGUGAUUUACAAAAAAGGGAGAAAGUCAAAGUGUCUGUUGAUGAAAGAAUGAAAAGGCAGAGGGAAGUGAAAGUUUUCAAGGAAGUCCAGUAAUAUUUAUCAUUCAGCAUGUUUUGACAAAAGGCCAAGAGGAACAGAUAAAAUGAAGUUGUAUGGAAAGUGAACUGCUAUUUUUGUGUUUUUCUAAGAUUUGGCUUCAUACAAUCACUUCGCAGGAUGACUUCUAAUAAUGUUAUGCUGCAGCAGAAUACUGAGGCAUUGUGAAAUGUAUGUAACAUUAUGUGAAAUAUAUAUGUAACUUAAGGCUUUGUUUUGUUGUUCUGUUGUCAGUUUCUGUAAUUUGUUCAAACAAGCAACCACAUUAUUUUGUAAAUACAAAAAAAGACUUGAA